GCAGAGGCCUACUGAAGUGUGUAGUGUUUCAGUGUGUGUGCCAGAGAGAGCUGAGUGUUUCCAGUAUGGCAACUAACUACAAGAAACCAGCACUGGGAGUGUCUGUUCAGAGAAAAAAAACUGGCCCAAAGCCUGAACUCACAGAGGAACAGAGACAGGAGAUCAGAGAGGCUUUUGACCUCUUUGAUACUGAUGGUACUGGGAAUAUAGAUGUAAAAGAGCUGAAGGUUGCCAUGCGUGCUCUGGGGUUUGAACCCAAGAAAGAAGAAAUCAAGAAGAUGAUUGCUGAUAUUGAUAAAGAGGGCACUGGAAAAAUCACUUUUAGUGAUUUUAUGUCUGCCAUGACACAGAAGAUGGCAGAGAAAGACUCCAAAGAGGAAAUAAUGAAAGCUUUUAGACUUUUUGAUGAUGAUGAAACAGGAAAGAUAUCUUUUAAAAAUCUAAAACGUGUUGCCAAAGAACUUGGUGAAAAUCUCACUGAUGAAGAACUCCAGGAGAUGAUUGAUGAAGCUGACCGGGAUGGUGAUGGGGAAGUGAACGAACAAGAAUUUCUUCGAAUAAUGAAGAAAACCAGCUUAUACUGAUCUCCAAUGGGUUCGACGUGUGUUUAUCUCUGGGAGCAUUUACCUCUCUUAUUCGUUUUUCUAGAACGGAGUGCCUCAGGAUUCUAUUGUUCAUUUCAUAUUAAAAUACAGAUUCAGAACUUA